UAUAUUUGUAGAGAUUUAUGUUAGAAAUAAGAAAUAAAAUUAGAGGGAAUUAUAAUUUUACAAGUAAUUUAAUAUUAUUUUUUAAUUUACUUUUAAAGGAUGACUAUUUUUAUAAAUACCCUGAAUUUGUGAUAAAAAGACUAAACUAACCAUGCUAAAUCAUUUAUACAUGUUUAAUAAUUAUUUACAGAAGUUUAUAAACCCAAUUCACCCCUAAAUACUAAACCCUAGACAAUAAUCAAUAAACCCUAAACCCAAAUGUUAGCGUAUUUUUGAUUGAAUGUAUUUUAAAAAACUGACCAUUAAAGAAAUAGAUAACUUAAUGAAAUAACUUAGUUUUUGUUAUAAACUUGACACUAUUUUUUUUGGAAAAUAAGUACACCUUUUCUAAGCACUAUUUUUUGGAAAAUAAGUACACCUUUUCUAAAAAAAAAUUAAUACAUAAAAAUGCAUUUAGUAUAUUUUUUACAUGUGCAUUAAUAUUAAUAACUGAUAAAGUUUUCUACAAAAUAUUGUAUAAAUUGAUAUAGCAACUGAAAUAAAUGAUAAAUAUCAUAAAAUAUUUAAACUAACAAUUAUAAUAAAUUGACUUUACAAAGAUCAACUACAUAUAUGUAAAUAUAGGACUGUUUUAACAUGAGUUGGCCUAUAAAAAACUUAGCCAACUGACAUAAAAUUCGAGUUGAUGAUAGUUUUAAAAAGAAAAUUAUAUUAAAAAUGGCAUAUGCUCACCAAAAGUAAAUAAGUCAAUAAAAUUAAAAUUUAAGUUGAUGAACACAAUAACAACGUAAAUUAUAAAGGAACCAUCUAGCCAAAAUAUAUCUGUUUUAAAAUUAUCGAACUUAAACUAUAAAUAAAUUGAUUGACCUAAAAUAUAAGUCAAUAAUUAAGCAAGUUAAUUUUUAUAUUAAAAUUCAAGAGAGCGAUAGAAAUCUGAAAAUCUGUUAAUGAAAACAAACAUAUCAAUCCAUGAACAUGAAUAAAUAACCCCACAAUUAAAAUGUCAACUUUAUAAGAAAGUAUUAACCAAAAUAUAAGUCAACUUUUGAAACAUUUUGUGAUGGUAAAGUUACUAUUCCUAGAUAUUUAUAUAAUAUUUUAUUUGAUGAUGAAGUGAGUAUGAACUCUAAGUCAUGAUCAAAAGAUUUAAAAGGUCACAUGGUGACAUUAUUACAAACAUUGUUGGUUUUUGUAAUAUAUUUAUAUAACGCUCAUCUACCUGAAAACAAUCUGCAAAUUUGUGGAAUAUAUCUCUGUGUAAUAUAAUAUCUAAGCUGUUAAUACCUUUGUGUUUUAAAAUUUUUGUUUUAUGACUAAUAAUAACUAAUAUAUACCUAAUAGUAAAUUUACGAAAUUGUUGUUUUUAUGUAAACAUAGCAGUAUUUUUUUCUUCUUCUUCUGAAUUUCAUGGAUUUAUACAUAAUUGCUGAAAAAUAUAAGACAAGGAAUUAAUCUCUAUACAUAUCACUGAUGAAUUGUUUACUAUUUAUAAUUGAAUUUUAAGUUUAAGUUAAGAAAACUGGUGCUGACGAAAAAAACUAUGCGAAUGGUAGUGAUGUAGUUCAAAGUGUAAUAACAGCAUAUAAAAAAGAUAAAAUUUUGUACGCAGAUUAAUAGAAAUUUAUUAUUUUAUUUUUAGAUGAAACAUCAUUUAUUAGCUACAUAAAAUUUAUUGAACCAAUUGUAGAACAUAAUGCAGAAUAUAAAUUUAAUGGUCAUAAGGAUUGAAUAUAAGUAUUGUAUUUAAAAUAAAAUAAAAAUUUAAAAUGAAACAAUUUUUUUUGGAAAAACAUAUCAGAAUGAAUGUCUUUUUCCUAAUGAAUUAUUUGCCUUAGAUAAUUCAACUCGUUUUAGGGUAUUUUUUCAAACUGACUCAUGAAAUCAACAAGUACUUGCCACAGAUAUCACCUUACCAAAUAAUAUGUUUUAUUGGGUAUAUGCUUGAUUGUGGUAUAUGCUUACAGCAUGAGAUUGUUCCCUAUAGUAACGUAUUACGUCGUAUAACACUUCAAAAAUACUUAUAAUAUACAUAGUUUGUUAAAGUUGAUUUGACAACAUAUAUUUGUUUCUUUAUUUAGCCAGUCAAUCCUACUAUCUAUAUAUAUGUGGCGGGCCAAUAAUAUUAUACAUAUGGAUCAGGGUAAUCCCAACCAAACAGCUUUAAGAGAAAAAAAAAAUCUAAACAUUCGUCUUUAAUCAAGCAAAAAUGCAUGCAUUGGGCCAUACAUUUUUCCCAAACUUUGGGCGGGAGUCGACGGGAGUGUACGAGAGCUACAACAUUGUCAGAGAUAACCAUAACAACGGCACGUUUCUUGAUUUUCCGGUACCGAAUAUGUAUGGAGUGGUUCAUCAUCAGACCAGCUUAGUGGAUUCUGUUUCGUCGGAGGUAAACGGAAUAGACAGCAAUUCGGUCGUGAUGAAGAAGCUUAAUCACAAUGCUAAUGAGCGUAACCGUCGCAAGAAGAUCAACUCCUUGUUCACAUCUCUUCGUUCAUGUCUUCCAGACUUGGAUGAGCUCAAGAAGCUAAGUAUUCCUAAGACGGUGUCUCGGAGCGUGCAGUACAUAACGGAGCUGAAAAAGCAAGCGAAUAAGCUAAGACAAAAGAAGGAUGACCUAUUGGUGCGAGUAUUGGUUCAAAAAGAACGUUACGUUCAGCCGCAACCAAAGGUGAUUGCUGGUUAUGUUUCCACUGUUUUUGCGACUAAGCUUAGAGACAACGAAGUGAUGGUACAAAUCUCAUCGUCCAAGAUUCAUAAUUUUUUCAUAUAUAAUGUAUUGUGUGGACUAGAAGAAGAUGGGUUUCUUAUCGUGGAUGUUUCAUUUUUGAGUUCUCAAGGAGAACGAAUCUUCUACACUUUGCAUCUCCAAUUGGACACGUUUGAUAAUUACAAGCUAAUCUGCGAAGAGCUAAGUCAAAGGAUUUUGUACUUGUAUGAGAAAUGUGGAUACUCGUCUAAAUGAUAAUUUGUUCUUGUGUCGUUCUUUUCUAUAGAUAUAUGUCAUUCUUGACUAAAGUGUUGUAGACUUGUAGUCGAGUUGUUACUGUUUUUGGUCGAAGCCAAUGAUCGAUUAUCUAUAUAUAUAAAUCAGAGUUUUCUCUCACCUCCUGCAGCCACGUCAGCAAGGAAGGAGGGGCUUUUUUUGACACGUCACCUUAAAAAAAAAAGUUACGGAACUCAUUUUUGCUCUUUUACUUUGCGUUCUCUGAUUGGGCCUUCUGUUUUUUUUUCAUUUAGGCUUCUUGUGCUCAUUUCGUUUUUUUAUGAAUAGGUUCUGUGAUUUGGGUUUGUAUGUACUUAACCCACUUCUUCCACUGUGAAGCCUUCAAUCUACUUCUUCGCUUUCCAACGUAACCGACUGAAGCUAUGAGUAUAAAUAUCCCAUCUUCCAGAGCGAUGAACAGCACGCUUCAAGGUUUGGAACCAAAGAGCAACAAAAAAAAACUAAUCCACCUAAUCGAUUCUCUCAGGUAUUUGGUGAAGUCAUCGUUGGCGAGAAGAAGUUGAAAAAGGUAUCCCCUAAUCGAUUCCCUUUCCUGUAUUUUCCCAUGGAAAUAGAGCUUCCACGGAUGGCGAUUAACCAGCUCUAUUUUCCGAUUUGAAGGCACAAAAUUGUAAGGAGACAGUUGUUAAACGUAUUCUUCGUUUUUGGGAGGCAAGGACGUGAGGAAAGCCGGUGAGCUUCUGGGCGUGAACCUGGUUUCUCUCGAUGAGAAGGUAACAAUCUUUUAACGUUCGUCCUUUAAUUAGUUUAAUAUUUUUGUUUCAUAUUUGUAACAUAAGCAACUACCUAAGGCCUUAAUCUUUUCCGUAGACGAUGUUGAUCCAAGGGCCUAUAGGAAUUCAGAGACUCAACAAUUUCAAAUAUCUGCUGAAGGAAGGGUGAAUCUAUGGGCUAAGCUUAUUCGAUGUUACCAGAAGCAACAUCCACUUCAAGCUCACGGACUCAGCUGUUGCCAUACGCUUCAACGACCAGACCAAGAUUGUGGAGCUGUCGGAGCCGAUACCAACAGAAAAUUUCAGGUUUCCAAACUAUGAACAGCUUAUGGUUUUGGGUAAAACCAACUUGGAUUUGGCUGGUUUGUAUAACAAAUUUCAACUCAAAUUUUAACUGUAUGUCUAUUUAAGCAGAUAACCAGCAGAUGCUCCUGGCACUUAUGUUAGCAAUGUUUGUUUCAGACAUCAUGGGCCAAGUUAGUCGUAUCAACACUGUUUUCAAUGAUGAAAACCAGUCCAUUCAGCGUGUCAAGGUGUGAUGAUUACAAUCCUAUUGGACAGGUUGGUUAUUCUUCAAUGCAAUCUUUGGGACCCAUUUCUACUUCGACCACGAAACCUUAGUCAGCCAGUGUUUUCUAAAAGUGCUAUGUGGAGCGGAGGGAUACUAUUCAUCAACUCCUUCCACGUAUGGUGGGGCUAAGAAAAUUGAAACUGUUACACUGGCUGAGAUGAAUACUUAUGUUCUCAAUUCACAACCACAUCCGACAGAGUUUCUAUGCAAGGUUGAAGUCUUUGACAUUAAAACCUUAAAUGGAUGGCGUAAUCUUUUAUAGCAUUCAUAUGGGUCAAUUACCAAGCUCACCAAUUUGAGUGCUGCUCAGGACGCAGGUGUUGAAGUUAAACAACAGACCAACCUCCUACAAUGCCUGAAAGAUAUUGUUGGCUAGACCUUAACUUUCCAACUGAAAUUCUCUCGGUUCAAUUACCAUGUAUCAGUCGUUCAUGGUCUCAUGUAUUUACGACAACCACCAGCGUCUACCAGUAGCUAAUUUUGCAAUCAAUGUGAGCACCCUACCUCUCUAAGUUAUUAACCAUAAAAUUAUGCUUGGAAACUAAACCCCUAAAUCAUCGUUUAUAGGCUGGUGCUGACCACCCAGAGGAUGACAUGCAUGCUGCUGUGAAUCUCUCAGUGGAGCAUAAUCCUGUUGUCAAAACUGAUGCUGCAGAAAAGACAAUUAUGAGUGAAUGUGAUCCUAAUAUCAUUGGGGUUAAUGGUGGCUCAGAACCAGUUACUUCCCAAACUGAGUCUUCCAGAGAGGAACUUAUAGGUGAAGAGCAUGAUCCAAGUUCUAAGAAGCUACACACUUCCUAUGAUGUGGAAGACCGGACAUUAUAAGCCGGCGAAAUAAUAUUGUGUUUGCUGUUACGUUUCUACGGUUUACUUUACGUUCAAUGAUGUUUUCCCUCCUGCAACAACUUCAAACACAUGUUUUCCCUGUUUUCUUUUUCACAAGUUAACUUGGUUAUAUUAUGGUUUUGGUUCAAUCAGAGUUUAUAAUGUCCUGCAGCCACGUCAGCAAGGAAGGAGGGGCUUUUUUUUGACACGUCACCUUAAAAAAAAAAGUUACGGAACUCAUUUUUGCUCUUUUACUUUGCGUUCUCUGAUUGGGCCUUCUGUUUUUUUUUUCAUUUAGGCUUCUUGUGCUCAUUUCGUUUUUUUUAUGAAUAGGUUCUGUGAUUUGGGUUUGUAUGUACUUAACCCACUUCUUCCACUGUGAAGCCUUCAAUCUACUUCUUCGCUUUCCAACGUAACCGACUGAAGCUAUGAGUAUAAAUAUCCCAUCUUCCAGAGCGAUGAACAGCACGCUUCAAGGUUUGGAACCAAAGAGCAACAAAAAAAAACUAAUCCACCUAAUCGAUUCUCUUAGGUAUUUGGUGAAGUCAUCGUUGGCGAGAAGAAGUUGAAAAAGGUAUCCCCUAAUCGAUUCCCUUUCCUGUAUUUUCCCAUGGAAAUAGAGCUUCCACGGAUGGCGAUUAACCAGCUCUAUUUUCCGAUUUGAAGGCACAAAAUUGUAAGGAGACAGUUGUUAAACGUAUUCUUCGUUUUUGGGAGGCAAGGACGUGAGGAAAGCCGGUGAGCUUCUGGGCGUGAACCUGGUUUCUCUCGAUGAGAAGGUAACAAUCUUUUAACGUUCGUCCUUUAAUUAGUUUAAUAUUUUUGUUUCAUAUUUGUAACAUAAGCAACUACCUAAGGCCUUAAUCUUUUCCGUAGACGAUGUUGAUCCAAGGGCCUAUAGGAAUUCAGAGACUCAACAAUUUCAAAUAUCUGCUGAAGGAAGGGUGAAUCUAUGGGCUAAGCUUAUUCGAUGUUACCAGAAGCAACAUCCACUUCAAGCUCACGGACUCAGCUGUUGCCAUACGCUUCAACGACCAGACCAAGAUUGUGGAGCUGUCGGAGCCGAUACCAACAGAAAAUUUCAGACAUCAUGGGCCAAGUUAGUCGUAUCAACACUGUUUUCAAUGAUGAAAACCAGUCCAUUCAGCGUGUCAAGGUGUGAUGAUUACAAUCCUAUUGGACAGGUACACAACUGACAUGUAUUUAAGUUGUUUAGUCUUUUGUUUGUUUGAUUAAGUGAGCUCACUCAUAAACCAGCCACAACUAUGCAUAGCGCACAGUGUGUUUGAUAAAGUUGUUACUCAUCUAGAUGAGAAGUUAACCCUUUUGGGUGUGGAAUCAAAAGCUAUCGUUGCUUCAAAAACAUAAAUCCAAAUUUACAUGCUUGCCCAAUCUCUUAUUUCAGGUUGGUUAUUCUUCAAUGCAAUCUUUGGGACCCAUUUCUACUUCGACCACGAAACCUUAGUCAGCCAGUGUUUUCUAAAAGUGUAAGAAACAUGAAACUAUUGUUGAUUCUCCAAGUAACAUAUUGCUUUCAUUGCUAAACCACCAAAACCCAUAUUAUCACAGGCUAUGUGGAGCGGAGGGAUACUAUUCAUCAACUCCUUCCACGUAUGGUGGGGCUAAGAAAAUUGAAACUGUUACACUGGCUGAGAUGAAUACUUAUGUUCUCAAUUCACAACCACAUGUAGGCCUCUAACUGAGUUCGAUUUAAUUAUAGUGUCUAAUUUUUAUCACAUUUAAAGCUGAUUCCUAACAAACCUGCAACCAUUUUUCUCAUAGCCGACAGAGUUUCUAUGCAAGGUUGAAGUCUUUGACAUUAAAACCUUAAAUGGAUGGCGUAAUCUUUUAUAGCAUUCAUAUGGGUCAAUUACCAAGCUCACCAAUUUGAGUGCUGCUCAGGUCGCACAGCUGAUUAGAUCCUGACAUUUGAUGCCCACAUGAAUGCUUAACCAUUACUAUGAAUCUCAAGUUGGAAGGUGUUUUUCUUUUUUUGUUAUCUCAGGACGCAGGUGUUGAAGUUAAACAACAGACCAACCUCCUACAAUGCCUGAAAGAUAUUGUUGGCUAGACCUUAACUUUCCAACUGAAAUUCUCUCGGUUCAAUUACCAUGUAUCAGUCGUUCAUGGUCUCAUGUAUUUACGACAACCACCAGCGUCUACCAGUAGCUAAUUUUGCAAUCAAUGUGAGCACCCUACCUCUCUAAGUUAUUAACCAUAAAAUUAUGCUUGGAAACUAAACCCCUAAAUCAUCGUUUAUAGGCUGGUGCUGACCACCCAGAGGAUGACAUGCAUGCUGCUGUGAAUCUCUCAGUGGAGCAUAAUCCUGUUGUCAAAACUGAUGCUGCAGAAAAGACAAUUAUGAGUGAAUGUGCUCCUAAUAUCAUUGGGGUUAAUGGUGGCUCAGAACCAGUUACUUUCCAAACUGAGUCCUCCAGAGAGGAACUUAUAGGUGAAGAGCAUGAUCCAAGUUCUAAGAAGCUACACACUUCCUAUGAUGUGGAAGACCGGACAUUAUAAGCCGGCGAAAUAAUAUUGUGUUUGCUGUUACGUUUCUACGGUUUACUUUACGUUCAAUGAUGUUUUCCCUCCUGCAACAACUUCAAACACAUGUUUUCCCUGUUUUCUUUUUCACAAGUUAACUUGGUUAUAUUAUGGUUUUGGUUCAAUCAGAGUUUAUAAUGUCCUGCAGCCACGUCAGCAAGGAAGGAGGGGCUUUUUUUGACACGUCACCUUAAAAAAAAAAGUUACGGAACUCAUUUUUGCUCUUUUACUUUGCGUUCUCUGAUUGGGCCUUCUGUUUUUUUUUCAUUUAGGCUUCUUGUGCUCAUUUCGUUUUUUUAUGAAUAGGUUCUGUGAUUUGGGUUUGUAUGUACUUAACCCACUUCUUCCACUGUGAAGCCUUCAAUCUACUUCUUCGCUUUCCAACGUAACCGACUGAAGCUAUGAGUAUAAAUAUCCCAUCUUCCAGAGCGAUGAACAGCACGCUUCAAGGUUUGGAACCAAAGAGCAACAAAAAAAAACUAAUCCACCUAAUCGAUUCUCUCAGGUAUUUGGUGAAGUCAUCGUUGGCGAGAAGAAGUUGAAAAAGGUAUCCCCUAAUCGAUUCCCUUUCCUGUAUUUUCCCAUGGAAAUAGAGCUUCCACGGAUGGCGAUUAACCAGCUCUAUUUUCCGAUUUGAAGGCACAAAAUUGUAAGGAGACAGUUGUUAAACGUAUUCUUCGUUUUUGGGAGGCAAGGACGUGAGGAAAGCCGGUGAGCUUCUGGGCGUGAACCUGGUUUCUCUCGAUGAGAAGGUAACAAUCUUUUAACGUUCGUCCUUUAAUUAGUUUAAUAUUUUUGUUUCAUAUUUGUAACAUAAGCAACUACCUAAGGCCUUAAUCUUUUCCGUAGACGAUGUUGAUCCAAGGGCCUAUAGGAAUUCAGAGACUCAACAAUUUCAAAUAUCUGCUGAAGGAAGGGUGAAUCUAUGGGCUAAGCUUAUUCGAUGUUACCAGAAGCAACAUCCACUUCAAGCUCACGGACUCAGCUGUUGCCAUACGCUUCAACGACCAGACCAAGAUUGUGGAGCUGUCGGAGCCGAUACCAACAGAAAAUUUCAGGUUUCCAAACUAUGAACAGCUUAUGGUUUUGGGUAAAACCAACUUGGAUUUGGCUGGUUUGUAUAACAAAUUUCAACUCAAAUUUUAACUGUAUGUCUAUUUAAGCAGAUAACCAGCAGAUGCUCCUGGCACUUAUGUUAGCAAUGUUUGUUUCAGACAUCAUGGGCCAAGUUAGUCGUAUCAACACUGUUUUCAAUGAUGAAAACCAGUCCAUUCAGCGUGUCAAGGUGUGAUGAUUACAAUCCUAUUGGACAGGUACACAACUGACAUGUAUUUAAGUUGUUUAGUCUUUUGUUUGUUUGAUUAAGUGAGCUCACUCAUAAACCAGCCACAACUAUGCAUAGCGCACAGUGUGUUUGAUAAAGUUGUUACUCAUCUAGAUGAGAAGUUAACCCUUUUGGGUGUGGAAUCAAAAGCUAUCGUUGCUUCAAAAACAUAAAUCCAAAUUUACAUGCUUGCCCAAUCUCUUAUUUCAGGUUGGUUAUUCUUCAAUGCAAUCUUUGGGACCCAUUUCUACUUCGACCACGAAACCUUAGUCAGCCAGUGUUUUCUAAAAGUGUAAGAAACAUGAAACUAUUGUUGAUUCUCCAAGUAACAUAUUGCUUUCAUUGCUAAACCACCAAAACCCAUAUUAUCACAGGCUAUGUGGAGCGGAGGGAUACUAUUCAUCAACUCCUUCCACGUAUGGUGGGGCUAAGAAAAUUGAAACUGUUACACUGGCUGAGAUGAAUACUUAUGUUCUCAAUUCACAACCACAUGUAGGCCUCUAACUGAGUUCGAUUUAAUUAUAGUGUCUAAUUUUUAUCACAUUUAAAGCUGAUUCCUAACAAACCUACAACCAUUUUUCUCAUAGCCGACAGAGUUUCUAUGCAAGGUUGAAGUCUUUGACAUUAAAACCUUAAAUGGAUGGCGUAAUCUUUUAUAGCAUUCAUAUGGGUCAAUUACCAAGCUCACCAAUUUGAGUGCUGCUCAGGUCGCACAGCUGAUUAGAUCCUGACAUUUGAUGCCCACAUGAAUGCUUAACCAUUACUAUGAAUCUCAAGUUGGAAGGUGUUUUUCUUUUUUUGUUAUCUCAGGACGCAGGUGUUGAAGUUAAACAACAGACCAACCUCCUACAAUGCCUGAAAGAUAUUGUUGGCUAGACCUUAACUUUCCAACUGAAAUUCUCUCGGUUCAAUUACCAUGUAUCAGUCGUUCAUGGUCUCAUGUAUUUACGACAACCACCAGCGUCUACCAGUAGCUAAUUUUGCAAUCAAUGUGAGCACCCUACCUCUCUAAGUUAUUAACCAUAAAAUUAUGCUUGGAAACUAAACCCCUAAAUCAUCGUUUAUAGGCUGGUGCUGACCACCCAGAGGAUGACAUGCAUGCUGCUGUGAAUCUCUCAGUGGAGCAUAAUCCUGUUGUCAAAACUGAUGCUGCAGAAAAGACAAUUAUGAGUGAAUGUGCUCCUAAUAUCAUUGGGGUUAAUGGUGGCUCAGAACCAGUUACUUCCCAAACUGAGUCCUCCAGAGAGGAACUUAUAGGUGAAGAGCAUGAUCCAAGUUCUAAGAAGCUACACACUUCCUAUGAUGUGGAAGACCGGACAUUAUAAGCCGGCGAAAUAAUAUUGUGUUUGCUGUUACGUUUCUACGGUUUACUUUACGUUCAAUGAUGUUUUCCCUCCUGCAACAACUUCAAACACAUGUUUUCCCUGUUUUCUUUUUCACAAGUUAACUUGGUUAUAUUA